CUCAGCGGUGCGGAUGCUUAGUUCUUGUCUGAGUGACGCACGCGGACGCGCGCGGACGCUCUCCCCGGAGCCGGAUCCACGAUGGCCGCGCUCAUCAGCUCCCUGGUGGUCUUCACAAAGUUCCUGCUGUACUUUAAAGUGACGCACUGCGUGGAGGUGGACUUCUGCGUACCUGUGCGCGUGGAUCCUCACAUGCACGACAGACAGGUGUUCAGGCUGAGUGCCUUCAGACAGGAGUUCUACCUCCACCUCACGCCGGAUUCCAGCUUCCUCGCAGCGGUGAGCGGCUCCUCGGCGUCCGACGCGGACCUCCGGGAAUGCUUCUACUCCGGUAACGUCAACGCGGAACCGGACUCCUUCGCCGCGCUCAGCCUGUGUAAAGGUCUCCGGGGGGGGUUCUACUAUAACGGCAUGGAGUACUUCAUCAGCCGCACCAGGACCGGAGACCCCUUCAACGGGACGCACGUCAUCCGCCGCUCGACGCGCGCGGCGCACUCGGGCUCCAACUCCACCAGCAGGUGCGCAGUCGCACCUGACGCCGACUUCAACGUGUCCCUGGAGAAGUACAAGCACAUGCGCGGACUGGAGGGUGACAGCUUAGCUGAAACGGUGUUGAGGACCCUGGGGAGGUCCAAGAGGUUCGCCUCCAUCCCCAGGUUCGUGGAGGUGCUGGUGGUGGCGGAUGAAUCCAUGGCUACGUUUCACGGGGAGGACCUGAAGCAUUACCUCCUGACCCUGAUGUCGGUGGCGGCCAGGCUCUACAAGCACCCCAGCAUCCUGAACUCCAUCAACAUCGUGGUGGUGGACUUCGUGGUGAUAAACAAAGCCGACAAGGGGCCAAAGGUUUCCAGCAAUGCGGCGCUGACUCUGCGCAACUUCUGCUCCUGGCAGAAGAAGCUGAACAAGCACAGCGACAAGCACCCGGAGUACUGGGACACGGCCAUACUGUUCACCAAGCAGGAUCUCUGCGGGGCCACGACCUGCGACACCCUGGGGAUGGCUGACGUCGGGACCAUGUGCGACCCCAAGAGGAGCUGCUCCGUCAUCGAGGACGACGGCCUGCCCUCCGCCUUCACGGCGGCCCACGAACUCGGCCACGUCUUCAACAUGCCCCACGACAAUGUGAAGGCAUGUGAGGAGGUAUUUGGGAAACUGAAGGACAAUCACAUGAUGUCUCCCACACUGAUUCAGAUCGACAGGAGCCGGCCCUGGUCCGUGUGCAGCGCCGCCAUCAUUACCGAGUUCCUGGACAGAGGUCAUGGAGAAUGUUUGCUGGACCCGCCUCAGAAGCAGCUGUCUCUCUCGGACCACCUGCCCGGUUCCAGUUACGGCCUGCACCGCCAGUGUGAGUUGGCGUUCGGCUCCGGCUCCAAGCCGUGCCCGUACAUGCAGCCCUGCUCCAAGCUGUGGUGCACCGGGAAGGCCCGCGGCCAGCUGGUCUGCCAGACCCGACAUUUCCCCUGGGCGGACGGCACCGGCUGCGGCAACGGCAAGGUCUGCUACCGAGGAGCGUGCACGGAUAAGAACGACACCAUGCGCAUCAAGGUGGAUGGCCGGUGGGGGAAGUGGGGCGCAUUCGGAGGUUGUUCCCGGAGUUGUGGCGGAGGAGUUCAGCUGGCCAAGAGGGCGUGCGACAACCCCGUUCCUGAGAACGGAGGCAAAUACUGCUACGGCCUCCGCGUCAAAUACCGCUCCUGUAACCUCAACACUUGUCCUGACACAGGGAAGAGUUUCCGUGAGGAGCAGUGUGAAGCAUUCAAUGGUUUGAACCUGAACACCAACAGACUGGGUUCCACUGUGGUUUGGGUUCCUAAAUAUUCGGGCAUUUCCCCAAAGGACAAAUGCAAGCUCAUCUGCCGCGCCAACGGGACCGGAUACUUCUACGUCCUCGCUCCAAAGGUUGUGGACGGGACGCCCUGCUCUCCUGACACCUCGGCUGUAUGCGUCCAAGGAAAAUGCAUCAAGGCGGGCUGCGAUGGCAAGCUGGACUCAAGCAGGAAGUUUGACAAGUGCGGUGUGUGUGGAGGCGACAACCAGGGCUGCAAGAAGGUCUCGGGAAUGUUCACCAAACCUGUCCACGGCUACAACUUCGUGGCGCUGCUGCCCGUUGGAGCUUCCAACAUCGACGUCCGUCAGCGCGGCUACCGAGGGAUGGUCAGCGAUGAGAACUACCUGGCCGUGAAGAACCGCCACGGCAAGUACCUGCUGAACGGCAACUACGUGGUGUCGGCCGCGGAGCGCGACCUGCUGGUCAAGGGCAGCUUGCUGCGCUACAGCGGCACCUCCACGUCCGUGGAGAUUCUCCAGGCCACCCGACCGCUGCAGGAGCCUCUGACCGUGGAGGUGCUGUCUGUGGGGAAGAUGACUCCUCCCAGGGUGCGCUACUCCUUCUUCAUCGCCAAGGAGAGCAAGGAGGAAAAGACUCUGCGGAAGGAGGACAAAAGCCAUGCGGCGCAUAACAGCGUCCUGGCGGACAGCAACAGGGUUGAAGCCAAGCAGCAGAUGAUGGGGAAGAGGCCGGUCAGUCACUGGGUGACAGGAAGUUGGGAUUCCUGCACGGUGACUUGCGGGACCGGUCUGCAGAAGAGGCUGGUGCACUGCCAGAGCGCGGAGGGGCGUCCGGCGGUGGACUGUGACGGCGCCGACAGGCCCGUAGCGGUGAGGGCGUGCGGGGAUCCGUGUCCAGUGUGGGACAUCGGGUCCUGGUCUCACUGCUCCAAGUCCUGCGGAAGGGGCUUCAAAAGGCGGCCGGUGCGCUGCGUGACAGAGAACGGCCUGAAUCUACCCAGAGACCACUGCUCUGGGAGGAGGAAGCCUCAGGAGCUGGACCUCUGCAACCUGAAGCCAUGUUAAAGCACAACAGACUCAGCCCAGGGACUUUGACACAAACCUUCACGCCUCAAUCUGCGUGAUAAGGAUCCCACGGCUGCAUUGGGGUGAAAGACACUCUCCGAUGCCGCCUGAAGGGGCGUCUGCUACACCGAAGACGGAGAGGGUCUCCCUCUAUUGUUCGAAAAAGACAGACACCUGUUUAGACCGGGGAGCUGUCAGACCACCGGCCUCAGGUUUGACUCGUCGCUGGUUUGCCUCCACCAGGACAGAUGGCUGAUGGAAGAUGUAGAGACAGUGAUCACACACAUCUGCACACAAGCAAGGUUUAUCGGUGUUGUCAUGUUGCACGGGACGAUGUUGUACAAGCACAAAGAGAACUGAACGUCCAGGAAACAACAAGAGCCAGCGUGCUGAGGUGUAACCUCUGAGUCUCACCUGGGAGAACUCCUCAGAAUGUGAAACGCAGUCGGUUCCACAUCGUUUCAUGUUGUUGCUUCUUGAGUCGGUGCUGUUGGCUGUUGUCUGGUGUAGAAUAAUCUUGGGCGGCAGCAACUAACUCAUGCCGUCAUUGACUAGUUGGGUCUACGUGGCAACGUCCAUCACAAAGUUACAUCUGUUUUUAAAUUACAACCCAUAAUCGUGCGUUUGUCUUUAUUGAUUCAGUUCACGGUAACGAGACACUUGAGUAUCAUUUCAUACAUUUAGUAAAGUAAACAUGGACCCAAGCUGAAUCCUAAGAAUCUUCACAACUGAAAAACCAUAUACAAAAACAACGAGACAAUAAAAAAGACUGUAUACUAAAAUAUGUAUAAAAAAAUACAGAGACCAUUAAUAAUAAUAAUAAUAAUUAGAGAAUUAUAUAUUAGCUGCAUUCCUCUUAUUAUUUUCAGUGCAAGAACACUGUACAAAAGGAGGAAUAAGUCUCAGGUUAAUAUUUUAUUCAUAAUUAACCAAAGUAAUAAUCCUAAAUUGUUAUGUUUCAGCCGUAGAAUAAUCAAAGCCAGCAGCCGAUCACACCGACAGCUUCACGAGCUUUACUUCCUCCAAAGUGAACAAUAAAUCCGACAAUCUUCAUGAAAUCUCGUUACCAAAAAAGUAGAAAUAUGUUUUCUAAUAGUAAUAAUAGUUCAGAGCUAAGACAUUAGCGUAUUUCUCUCCAGUGAAUGUCGGCUGUUUGUGUGGUUCAAACAUUCUGCGUGACGGCUCUCCGAACUGGUUCCUGUCGACAUGUUCUCCGUACUUCACUGUGUUCUUGGAAAGGUU